GUCGGUACGAUGAUAAAAUCACGUUAGUGAUUAAUAUUGGAACUCCUUUCAAGUACUUUAUCAAUUGGCAAUGUCGUACACAGACUUACAAAACAAAAACAUUAUGAAAGUUAAGGAGGAGGCAAGCGAAUCAGAAAACAACCCAGUGGGUUUACCUAUCAAUGUCCACAUUAAACUAGAGCCACUUGGUGAUGGAGAAGAACACAUUACGGAGAAGCUUGAUCUGUAUGCAGGUCAUGAAAUCAAGGAAGAAUUGGUCGUAGGACCUGUGGUGUUGCAGCCUGUUAAUUUAGUACAAGAAAGUUGUGUGCAGAACACAUCUAAUGGAUUGAAUAUAGAUACACGACCGCACAAGUGUGAUAUUUGCGCUAAAUGUUAUACGAAUAAACACCACCUUAGGCGUCAUAAAACAACUCAUUCUGGGCCGAAGCCGAAUCAAUGUGAACAAUGUAAUGGUUCUAUAACCUGUAAAGCAAGUUGUAAUAAACAUUUAAGGACUCAACCAGAAGAGAAACAGCACAAAUGUGAUAUUUGCCACAAAUGCUUUACACAAAAACACGUUCUUAAAGCUCAUAUAUUCACUCAUACUGGAGAGAAACCUUACAAAUGUGAUAUUUGCAAUAAACAUUUUACAAGAAAAUUUUAUGCUAAGCGUCAUAUGGUGGUCCAUACUGGAGAGAAACCAUACAAAUGUGAUAUCUGUCACAAAUUUUUUUCCAGUAAAGAUUGUUGUAAGGCACAUUUGAAGACUCAUACUGGUGAGAAACCAUACAAAUGUGACCACUGUAACAAAUCUUUUAUCCGUAAAGUAGAUUGUAAAACACAUUCAAAGACUCAUACUGGAGAGAAACCAUACAAAUCCUGUGUAGUACCAAUCGUAAAACACGGCGGAGGUAGCAUAAUGGUCUGGGGCUGCAUGACUGAUUCAGGAGCUGGCGAAAUGUUCGUGUGUGAGAGUCACAUGAACUUUAAAGAGUUCAUGCGGCCCUACGCCAUACCAGAAUAA